AUGCAGUACCCAAAUCCGUACUCCCACAACGGUCAUCAGACACAACAACCACAUGUUUCUGCCCACCAUCCUCGACAAUCUUCCUCGAGCUCGAAGAGUCACUCCUCCGCAUAUCCCCAACAACCACAGGUAUUAUCGGGUUACCCACUUGAUAGUACUUUGUCCAAUGGUAUAAUAGGGAACCACACCAGUAAUCCAUUACAACCCCCUCCUUUCUCCAACCACCCGCAGCACGGCUCAUCAUCUGCUAUGGACACGCGCAGGCCAUAUUAUCCUCCUCCCCCUCCUCCAGUGAAUCAGCCUGACACUUACUAUCCCUCACAUCAUCAUCCGUCUGCGCCAAGUCCCCAAUAUGCGAUAAACUCCCAUCCGCAUAUCGAACCUCAGACUCUCCAUGCUCAUUCAGGACCGCAGCAAUUCAUCCCGACGCCAUCACAGACGUAUCAAGUAUAUUCCAAUACCGUGCCGUCGAACCCGCGCUCCCGUCCCACCAAUGAACCGUACUAUCAUAUGUCCCCCAAUCCCCAACACACCACCCAGGGCAGCCCAUCCCCUGCUAUGCCACGUUCUGCGCACACAUCCCCCUCCACCAACCCGGCACUUAUUGGAGAUCGCUUUCCCUGUGAGCUCUGUGACAGGUCGUUUACUCGCUCGCAUGACAGAAGGAGACACUAUGAAACCGUGCAUGCUACAACCCCCGUCCUACAUCGAUGUCGUUACUGUGGGAAAGAUUUUAGUCGCGCGGACUCACUCAAACGCCACAUUGAUAAUGGAUGUGACGAGAUGUCGCACAAGUAG